AUGAGGGCCACUCUUUUGACCGUAGGCGCUUUCGCCAGCCUGGCGACCGCCAAUAUCAAUUUCCACUGGGUCAACCCAAGCUGCACAUUUACUCAGCAUGACGACACCCAGUGCUUGACAGGACAGCAUUGCGCUGAAGGCGAUGUCUGCACAUACAACGAGAACAACCUGCAACAGGUAUCGCGGUCUUUCGUCGGCCGUGCUCCCGCGAAGAGGCAGAACCAAAAGUACUCUACGGACGGUCAGUGCGGUCCGGCGCAUAACAACCUUUUGUGCGACCCGAAUAGCACAACAUACGACGGCGCGUGCUGUAGCCAGUACGGAUGGUGUGGAAGUACUGCGGCUCACUGCGGCGAUGGCUGUCUCUCGGGCAAAUGCACGAGCAAUACCACUCCCGCUACCCCUGUAGUUUCCAAGUCUGCUUCUGGAGCCGCUCCUCGAGAUGAUGGCCGUUGUGGAAAAGACUUUGGGGAUGCCACCUGCGAUCCCAAGGGAGCGUACGGAGGCUGCUGCUCGUCGUAUGGAUACUGCGGUUCCACUGAUGGUCACUGCUUGGUUGCCAACGGCUGCCAGAACGGUUGCACGGACGGUACCUCUACCUCCUCCGCUCCGGUUCAGAGUGCUUCGGCCACGCGACCCCCAUCUAGCACGACCUCUGGCGAACCUGUACUUGGAAAGCCUUCGACCUCUGCUGAUGCCCAGCCCACUGGCAAGACUACCACCGAUGGCAGCUGCGGCGCCACCUUUGGUAACACUGUCUGCGGAAACUGGGCUCAGGGUUCUUGCUGCUCCAUGUACGGCUACUGUGGUAACACCACGUCGCACUGCGGUGAGGGAUGCCAAUCGGGCCCUUGCACCAACGGUCCUGUCGUCCCUGCUCCCAAAGCCAGCCCGGCUCCUGCGGCCCAGAAGCCUGGUACCCUGGUUAAGCAGGGUCGCUCCGGUGUUCCCGCUAUGCACGCUGGGCUGAUGCCGAACGGCAAGGUCGUCUUCCUGGACAAGGUUGAAAACUAUACUGAAUUGAAGCUCGGUAACGGACAAUAUGCCUACUCUUCCGAGUAUGACCCGAAAACGCAAAAGCUCACUCCCCUUGCCUACAAGACGAAUGCUUUUUGCUCUGGUGGUAUUUUCUUGGCCGAUGGUCGUUUUGUUUCCCUGGGUGGCAAUGCUCCUCUUGACUUUAUUGACCCCACCGUUGGUGACGGAUUCAAGGGUAUCCGCUACCUCAAGCGCUCCGCUUCCGAUGCUUCCCUUGACGGCCAGGCAUGGUCUGAACCUGGAAAUUCGCUCGACACGGCUCGUUGGUACGCAUCUGUCCAGAUCAUGCCCGACGACACCAUUUUCGUCGCCUCUGGAAGUUUGAACGGUCUCGACCCCUCAAAGCCCGAGAAUAACAAUCCUACUUACGAGAUCCUGAACGCGGAUGGUACUUCGAAAGUCAAGAGCACCAACAUGGAGAUCCUUUCCAAGAACCAGCCCUACUACAUGUAUCCCUUUAUGCAUUUGCUCAACGACGGGAACCUUUUCGUCUUCGUCUCCAAGUCUGCCGAGAUUUUCAACGUCGGUGGCGGAAACGUCGUACGCACUCUCCCCGACUUGCCCGGCGGCUACCGUACCUACCCCAACACCGGUGGUUCAGUCCUUUUGUCUCUUUCCAGUCAGAACAACUGGAGCAACGACGUUGUCAUUUGCGGUGGUGGACCCUACCAGGACAUUAGCGCCCCUGGCGAGGCUUCUUGCGGUCGCAUCAACCCCAUGGCACAGAACCCUUCAUGGGAGAUGGAGGCCAUGCCCGAGGGCCGUGGCAUGGUUGAAGGUACUCUGCUCCCUGACGGCACUGUCGUCUGGGUCAAUGGUGCUCAGGAGGGUGCUCAAGGUUUCGGUGUUGCCCGCUCGCCCGCUCUCGAGGUCUUGAUCUACGACCCGGCUCAGCCCGUUGGCAAGCGAUUCACAACUGGCCCCAAGUCUGACAUUGCCCGCCUCUACCACAGCGUCGCCCUCCUCCUGCUCGACGGUACCCUCCUCAUUUCUGGUUCCAACCCCGUGGAGCAGCCCAUCCUUACGCCCUCUACGCAGAACCCCUUUGUAACCGAGUUCCGCAACGAAAUCUACACGCCACCCUACCUUCAGGGUAACCCUACCCGCCCGUCCGGGGUUGCGCUCAAGACUAAGAACCUAAAGGCCAACGGAGGUACCCUCGAGAUUAGUUUCUAUGCGCCUCCCAACGCCAAGGAAGUCAAGGUAUCUCUGUACUAUGGCGGUUUCGUCACGCAUUCUGUGCACAUGGGUCACCGCAACUUGUUCCUCGACGUCCAGAACUUCAAGCCAGGACAGAAGAACCAGAAGAUCAAUGUCACCUUGCCGCCCAACAAGAAGGUCGCUCCUGCCGGUCCGUACGUCGUGUACAUUCUUGUUGACGGUGUUCCUUCUAUCGGACAGUUUGUCCAGGUCUCGUAA